CAUCAAAAAAUCCGGAAAUUAAUUAAAAAAGUAAAUAGAAAGUGAUUUUGGAAUUGGAAAAUGAAGAGAGAGAAAGAGGUUGCAGUUGCAGAGACGCAGUUGGAAGGUUGCGAGUGAUGAUAUACAUAGUGUGGCCGUGGUGAAAUAGGGGAAGAGGUAGCUUUGCGUUGCAAUGAGUACCGAAAAGACUCCUUCAUCAGCUUCUUCUUCGAGUAGCUACGUUUUCUGCAAGGGCUUCAAUGGCCUCGACAAGGUUCUUCUCCGCGACGCUCGUGGUAGCUCCGCUGAGGUGUACUUGUACGGUGGUCACGUGACUUCUUGGAAGAAUGAGCAUGCCGAGGAAUUGCUCUUUCUCAGUAGCAAGGCUAUAUUUAAACCUCCAAAGGCAAUUCGUGGAGGGAUCCCAAUAUGUUUUCCCCAAUUUGGAAGCCUCGGUACUCUCGACCAGCAUGGAUUUGCUAGAAACCGGUUCUGGACCAUUGAUGAUUGCCCUCCUCCUUUUCCAACAAAUACUCUGAAUAAAGCCUUUGUUGAUUUGAUUCUUAAACCCACUGAAGAUGACAUCAAGAUUUGGCCUCACAGUUUUGAAUUUCGACUCAGAGUGGCUCUUGGACCUGGAGGAGAUCUGAUGUUGACAUCUCGGAUCAGGAACACUAACAUUGAUGGGAAGCCAUUUUCAUUCACAUUUGCUUAUCAUACAUAUUUCUCUGUGUCUGAUAUAAGUGAAGUGCGGGUAGAGGGAUUAGAGACAAUGGAUUAUCUUGACAACUUGCAGAAAAAGGAACGCUUUACUGAACAGGGAGAUGCUUUAACAUUUGAAUCAGAAGUUGAUAAGGUAUAUCUCAGCACCCCUACAAAGAUUGCGAUUCUUGAUCAUGAGAAAAAGAGAACAUUUGUAUUACGUAAAGAUGGUCUUCCUGAUGCUGUGGUGUGGAAUCCUUGGGAUAAAAAAGCAAAGGCUAUGUCUGAUUUCGGUGAUGAUGAGUAUAAGCAUAUGCUUUGUGUAGAGGCUGCUGCUAUUGAAAAGCCUAUCACUUUGAAACCUGGCGAGGAAUGGAAGGGAAGACUGGAACUUUCAACAGUUCCUUCUAGUUAUUGUAGUGGGCAGCUUGAUCCCCGAAGAGUUCUUCAAGGAAGCUGAAAGAACUUCGUCUGUGUUCUGUGUCCUGUACAGGUAGCUUUGUGGCCCACAGCAAUGAAAUAUAGAAGGAAAGUGUCUCCAAGCAAUUUUUCACCUUCAUGUUGGACCGAUGAACUCGUGUACCGAGUUUUGUUAAAUAAUAUUUUCCUGUAACAGAUGAAUAGUUCGAUCAUAAUACAAGUAUAAGUAGAAUGGCCCAAUUAUAUAUGGUAAAUCGAAAUCACAACCUCCAAUAUUAACGGAUUUUCAUGAUGGGUUGAAUGGCUCAGACCAGGGGGAUUAAUUUUAAAUCCCCAGUUGUUUGGGUUCUCAGAUCCUAUAAAAUGUUUACUUUUACAUUGUUUUGAAAGCUUUGUUUUUACAUGUAGACAAUGAAUGCAUCCUUCAGUAUUUGAAUCAUAGGAUCAUUUUACAACGCCACAAGUUGGCCAGUAUGUCUUAA